AUGGACACCCGCAACGUCACCCAGCAGCGUAUACCGCCGAACACGAGCGCCGCUAUGGAUCCCACUGAAAAACUACCUCCCGACGUCGACGAGCCGCCAGACGAACGCGAUCCGCGACCACUCUGGACCCCCGGCGAACUACAGUUCGCCACGAGCAAGGUCGACCGUUCUCUGUUCAACCGCAGAGAGUCGCUUCUGACCCGACAGCUGCAUUCAGAGACUGAACACACCGAUGACGAAGACUCGCGCGCUCCACCGCGAACACUAAGCACUCAAUCGACGUGGAGCAACCCAAGUGUUGCCUCGACCGCCGAGCUCACAAGUGACGAUGGACACAGCGUCGCCAGUCCCGCCAUCAGCCCUCCUCUACCACCUACUGCCGUAAAGGUCACCAUUCCCAUCAUGGAGAAGCCACUAGCACGAGAACCACACAUUCUAGGACAAGAGGACAAAGUGCCGGAGACCGGCUCAGAGAAGUCUGUUGAGGCUGGCCUGGGACGGAAGCGAUGCAUCUCGUUUGCGUGUGGCAACAAAGACAAGAAGCCACCGACGUCUCAACCAGCACCGCAGCCUGCCAAGGUGGAGGAGCAUACAAGCUCUGCAUCGCCGCCUAAGCGGAAAUGCAUGCUCAAGUUUGUGUGCCCUUCUCGGCCAAGUGUAGAACGCAAGCCCUCGGAAAAGUCUUUGGCUGCUGGCAAACGCCCAGUGAGCCCACCACCGGAGCGAAAGGCAUCGGCUUCUGCCAAGGCGGAGGCGUUCAAGGCACAUCGCGGAUCUGAUAGCACUGUCACGCAUGCAUCCCCUCAGAACAGCCGCAAGAGCCCGGCAAUCGUCACGACAGCUCCUACUCCUACAACUACCAUCAUGGCAAGACGAAAGCUCUCCAACGACUCGGACGCCAGCACCGAAGCUACCCGAUUCCACGAAUUCGCUUCUAGCGAUGGCGAACCAGAGGAAUGGGUGCAAGAAUCAACCUGUCACCGAAGCCGCCUCACCGUUUCUGACACGCUCAAGAAGGAAAACAUUCUUCGCAAGGCUUGUGAGGAGGUAGAGGAGGAAGUAGUUGAAGAAGAAGAAGAAGAAGACGAAGAGGCUGAUUUGGAGGACGAGGAAGAUAACGAUGACGAUGAGGAGGACCAAGACGAGGAAGAAGAGUCCGACGAUGGGUUCCGAACCGACGAUGAAGAUGGCUUCGCCGAGAGUGAUUCCGAAGGCGAGGAGAGCGAUGGGGAUUGGUGGAGACCCGGCGGCAUCUCAACCGCGGCCACCUCAGUCGACCAUCUCGAACGCCUUACCCUCACUGUCGCCAAGGAUGAUCCUGCACCAUCCUCAUCCGUUGCCUCUGUCGACUCCAGCCACAUUUCGCCAAGAGCUAUCAAGGCAAAGUCUCGCCGCAAGCAUCACUCGCACGCUGUGCCUAUCAAGCCUCGCUCUGAGCCUAUGGACCUUCCGGACUCCACCGACUUCGUGUGCGGUACCUUGGACGAAGAUCGUCCAUUGGAACAAGCCUUCCUCAACCAGCUGAAAUUGAAGGAAGCGGCAAAGCACAAGGCACGGCCACAAGACAUCGACCCUACUUUCCCUACUUCUGAUCCAGAGAUGGACGAGGAGGAUGACGAGGACUUGGAGGAUUCUGAAGAGAGCGAGAGGGAGAACUUGAUGCAUGGCGAACUGGACGAGCUGGACGGCGAUCUGUCUGCCCGCCACAGGGCUGCUUCGCCUCGAACGCGUACUAGGAGCAACUCUCACCGCUCACCACCUCCACCUCGUCACAGGUCUCCAGCUCCGGCUGCCCUCAAGCGACAAGGCACUGCUCGUUCACCACCUCCGCCAGCUCGACGAGGUACUGCCCGGUCUCCUCCACCACGCAAGCUGUUUGGUCAAUCUCCCAAGAGAAGUCGGUCACCAGCACCUGUCAAGACCAUGACCUCCCCACCAAACACUCGUCGUGCUUCACCGAUCUCCUCUGCGAUCAAGAUCGACACGCACGUCCUUGCCAGCCGACCACAGUUGACGCACACUGCCUCUCUUCCUCGUGGUGGCUUCAAGCUGGGCAAGAUGAGCAAGUUCCAGGUCGACGACAGAGAAGGAUCUGACACCGAACACGCUAAUACUGGCGACGUUCCCAAGCGUGGAGCAAUCGACAUCUACAAAGGCCUUGAGAAGAAGCGCCAACGUAGAAAGGAGAAGCUCUACCAAAAGCUGUGCGCCAAGGCCGCCGCCAAAGGCGAGAAGGCGUACAAAGUCAAGCCUGGAAAGGGUGCCGAACGUAUGCGUGAACUUGGUCUCGAACUCCAGCGAUACCACGGCAAAGGAGAGCACAUACUCUCCAUGUAA